AUGGUAGCGGGAGGCACGGCCGUCGUCUCCCCUUCCGCCCCCUUUUCCGCGAAUCCUUCCGCGUGGGAGCAGCACAGUCAGGCGCAGCUCCCCCCGUUCUCCGCCACUCCUUCCGCCACCUCCGCCAUUCCUUCCGCCAUUUCUUCCGCCGCUCCUUCCGCCGACCCUUCCUCAUCCGCUUCCGCCAAACCUUGCGCAUCCGCGGACAUGGCUCUCCGCCCAGCCCCGCCAAUGCGCUCAUCAAGCGAGGGCAGCGGCGCAGUUCCCGCCUCCUCCGGAGUCGGGCUUUGCGCGGACGCGGAAUGCGCGCGCGGAGGGUAUGUACACCGUGGAGCCACGCGGGGAGCUUGCGGCGGAGCAUGCGGCGCAGUAAGCGUUGGCGCAGAAAUCCGUUCCGCGGCGGACUCUUCCGCGGCGGACGCUGGCGACGCGCAGCUGAUAUUCUACGUGGGGCUCGCGCACCGGGGGGUUGUGCUGGCGGACUACGGCAAGCAGAGGAAGCUCCUGCGUAGCCUUGUCGCGUCAGCGCUCCUCGAGAUUCCGCACCACGUCAGCAGAUUCUCCAUGGGUUACGGUCGCACCAACGUCCUGUUCGCCGUCGACCAAUCAGGGCUCGCCGCGUUUGCAGUCGCUGACGGGGCGCUGGACCGUCCGCGCGCCUACUCUAUCCUGAGUAGCAUCCGAUGUGCUUAUAUCGAGCUCUGCUCGCUCUCCGUCUCCCGCUCCCCCUCCUCCCCGGGCGCCACUCUCCGCUCCGCCUCCCCCCCUCCCUCCUCCACCUCCGCCUCCGCAAUUCCCCCUUCCGCUCGCCGCGCCUUCUCCCCAAUCUCCGCGCGCCCUCCCCCUUCUCCCCCGCUCCCCGCGUCGCCUCCCCCGGACACUCCUCCGCGCCCCGCCACCGCGGAUCCCGCGUCGCUCCGCGCGUUCGCCAGGCGAUUGGCCGGCGGCGUGGGCCACAUCAGCAGCUCGAGCCGUUUCAGCAGCGGAGCGUGCCACGUCAGCGGCAGCGGGCACUGCCACAGGCUGAGUCACAGCAGUCGUGGGGGCAGCGGGCGCAGAGAAACGCAGGGCGGAGGGAGGGAGGGUACUUUUGUCGCUAGCAGUGGGGACAGUGGUAGCGAUGGUAGCAGUAACACUUGCAAUAGCAACGUGACGAUUCGCGAAAGGGGAGAUUCCGGGACCAUGAUAGGAAAGCACGAGGAAGGGACGACUGGACAUUUGCUGCUGCUGAAGCAGAGCAGCGAAGGUGGAUCCGCUCACUAUAACGGGGAUGCAACCGCUCCCUCUAACGCGGAUAAACCCGCCCCCAUUAACGGGCGCGGCGGCGCGCCUGUCUUCCUGCGUUCGCGAUCCGCGCGCCAAGCGCACGUGAUUGUACACGAGGCCCUCGAGCCGCGCCUGGAGGUGAUUGUGUGGAGCGUGCGCGGGAGAUUAAAACCCAAGGAGCGGCUCGAGUGCUACCCGGACGCGCCUCGGGCGUAUCUUGUGAAUCACUGCCAGGGGGAGAGACCAGGAGGGCGGAGAAUGGCGGACUUAGGGGGCAGCGGAGAAGGGGGCGGGGGAGGGGGAGCGGGAGGGGGAGGGGGAGGUGAGAGAACCGGUGCUGCUGGUGUGGGUGGGGGGGGAUUGGGGGGAAUCGGGGGAGCGGGGGUAACCGGGGGAGCGGGGGGGAUUGGGGGAGCGGGGGGCCGGAGGAUGAGCGCGCGGGAGAGUCUUUUGAGUGAGCUGUCAGACGCGCUGAGGGGCGUGGAGGAGGGGGAGAUAGGCGAGACGCGGGUGCCCUCUCCCUUCCCCUCCCCUUCCCCCUCCCAUCUCUCCAAACCCCCCCUUGCCCCUCCAUCGGCCACCGCCUCCCCUUCUCCUUCCCCUUCCCCGUCCCCUUCCCCUUCCCCCUCCCCUUCCCCUUCCCCCAACGCCCUUCCUCCCCACUCCCCUUUCCCCCGGAUGCCAAACCCCCGCAUCGCGUCCCCUCUCGCCCCUGCUCCUCCCUCUGCUUCCCUUCCUACUGCUGCUCCUCCCACUGCUGCCAUGCUCCCCCCACUCCAUCCCUCCGCCGCCCCACCUGUUCCCCGCCCGGCUGCGGGAUCUGAUUACGAAUCGUGGGUGGUGGAUAGCGGCGCUUGGGGGGCAGCAAGUGGGGAGUGCCGCCCGGGUGCAGAUGGUGCGGGGAUGGGUGCAAGUGGUGUGGGGAUGGGUGCAGAUGGUGCGGGGAUGGGUGCAAGUGGUGUAAGGAUGGGUGCACCUGCUGGAGGGAUGGCAGAAGGGGCAGUGGCAGCAGCAGGGGCAGCAGGAGGGGCAGCAGCAACACCAUAUGCACCAACCUCGCACCAAGCACUGGCUUAUAUUGGCCUGCAAGAGUAUCACCAGGGGAGCACGCCUCAAUUCCAACAAUCAUAUAUCGGCCCGCAAGGGUACUAUGAGGAUGAAGGGGAGGAGGAUGAGUAUGGCGCACCUGUUGAUGCGUAUGGUAACCGGGUAACCGGUAAUCCGGCCCCUCUGCUGCCGCUCUCUGCCCCGGUUUACUCGCCCUACCCUCCCUUUCUUUCCUCAGCCGCUCAAUACAGUAACACUGUGUAUAACGGACCUGUCUACAGUGAUGCCGGCUACAGUAACGCUGGUUAUGGCGAGGGGGGAGCAAGCGGGCAAGAGGGCGACAAGGGGAGUGAGGGGCAGGAGGGGAAGGAGGGGAAGGAGGGGAAAGAGGGGCGAUCAAAGGCCAAGAGCUUGCAUGUGAGGCAUGUGUCUAUGGACGGGCAAGGGGAGACAGAUGCUUCGGACUCUGCUUGUGCCGCUGGGAUGGGUAUGGAUGGCAUGGGUGCCGCUGGGUCGGCUGGUGCUGGGGGUGCGGCCCCGUCGCCGCUCGCCCUUUCAGCGGCCCCGUCGCUGCCCGUCCGCGGCCCCGUCGCCGCCCUUCAGCGGCCCCGUCGCCGCCCUUCAGCGGCCCCGUCGCCGCCCUUCCGCUACCCAGUCGCCGCCCUUUCAGCGGCGCGUCGCCGCCCUUUCAGCGGCCCGUCGCCGCCCUUUCAGCGGCCCGUCGCCGCCCUUUCAGCGGCCCCAUCGCCGCCCUUCCACGGCCCCGUCGCCGCUUAG